AUGUAUGAGCACUUCAGGUCGCUCGGUUCGGAGCAACUCCCCGGCGAUGUGCUGUCGGAUCUGGAAGGCCGAAUUGCCACGCAGGUGAUCAUCACGAAGGACCAGUUGCUUAACAUGGCGGCUGAGAAGGUGGAUGAGAUCACUGAGAAGGUGGGAGUGCUGAUUGGACACCUCGAGGUAUUGGCAGGCUUUGCAGAGUGGGAUGAGAUUCGCCGGAGGAGGCGUAGGACACUGGCGGAGCUUUCCAUGGCCUAUCUGGUGGUGGCGAGGCAGGGGACGGGUAGCCUCGUACCAGAGAGCCUCGGUCUACAUGGUGUCGACUUGGCGGCGAUGCACGCGACGCGUCCCGGAUCCCUGCUGCUCGAAUGUUGCAAGUAG